AUGGCUGAUCUCCAGGGCCGCAAGAUCUUCAAGGUCUUCAACCAGGACUUCAUCGUCGACGAGAGAUACACCGUGACCAAGGAACUGGGCCAGGGUGCUUACGGCAUUGUCUGCGCCGCCGUCAAUAACCAGACCAACGAGGGCGUUGCCAUCAAGAAGGUCACCAAUGUUUUUAGCAAAAAGAUCUUGGCGAAGCGCGCUCUGCGCGAAAUCAAGCUGCUCCAGCACUUCAGGGGCCACCGCAACAUCACCUGCCUGUAUGACAUGGACAUUCCUCGACCCGAUAACUUCAACGAGACAUAUCUCUACGAGGAGUUGAUGGAGUGCGACUUGGCAGCGAUCAUCCGAUCUGGGCAGCCCCUGACCGACGCCCACUUUCAGUCCUUCAUCUACCAAAUCCUCUGUGGCCUUAAAUACAUUCACUCGGCCAACGUGCUGCACCGCGAUCUCAAGCCGGGUAACCUGCUUGUCAACGCCGACUGCGAGCUCAAGAUAUGCGACUUUGGCCUCGCGCGCGGCUUUUCGAUCGACCCGGAGGAGAAUGCCGGGUACAUGACGGAAUAUGUCGCAACGCGGUGGUAUCGCGCCCCUGAGAUCAUGCUCAGCUUCCAGAACUACACCAAAGCGAUCGACGUCUGGUCCGUAGGCUGCAUCCUCGCCGAGCUCCUGGGCGGGCGUCCCUUCUUCAAAGGUCGCGACUACGUCGACCAGCUCAACCAGAUCCUGCACAUCCUCGGUACGCCCAACGAGGAAACCCUCUCGCGCAUCGGCUCCCCCCGGGCGCAGGAAUACGUCCGCAACCUCCCCUACAUGGCCAAGAAGUCUUUCCCGUCCCUGUUUCCCAACGCCAACCCGGACGCGCUCGACCUGCUCGAUCGCAUGCUCGCCUUCGACCCGACCCGCCGCAUCUCGGUCGAGGCCGCCCUCGAGCACCCGUACCUGGCCAUCUGGCACGACGCGAGCGACGAGCCCGACUGCCCGACGACGUUCAACUUUGACUUUGAGGUCAUUGACGACGUCAACGAGAUGCGCAAGAUGAUCCUCGACGAGGUCUUCCGCUUCCGUCAGCACGUGCGCACCGCGCCCGGCGCGGGGGGCGGCCACCUCCCCGGCCAGCCGCCCGCCCCGGCCCAGGUGCCCAUCCCUGCCGGGGGCCCGGCCCAGCAGUGGACUGCUGAGGACCCGAGGCCGCAAGAGUAUGGGAGUAUGCAGGGCCUGGAGGCGGAGCUGGGAGGUAGAUAG